AUGACAAUGAUGAUGACAAGUAAAACUGUUUCUUUGAAACAAACUUCAACCACUAGUGUAACAAAUAACUUUGCAAAAUCAAGUUUCAAAGCAGCAACAAGAACAUCAUCAUUUCUACCCCCAGAAGAGGAGAUAGUUGUACUUGAUAGUGAUGGUGAAGAUUCCAUUGAAACAAGAGACACCACUGAUAUCAAAAAUCUUUUCAACCUAGUGAAUGAGUUUGUUUCCAAACCAAUAUCAUCAUCUCCUGUUAAAUUACCAAGUGAAUCAAACAACAGUAUACUCAAUGAUUCAAUAGUCGAUUCAACUUUCAAUUUCCUGAUUGAUGGAAUAAUCCCUCCAAAGAAAGCUGCACCACCCCCUCCUCCCCCUCCUUCUCGUGCACCUGCACCACGACAGCUGAACUCGACUGAUAUCCCUGCAAACAUACUAUGGCUAGAUAGCGAUGAAGAUGAAGAUGAUGGUCCAAUCAUCCCAAGUUCCCAACCAGCACCACAAGCACCUGUAGUAGCACAGCCUGUAAAGAGAUCAAAAUCAACUCAGGAACCUUCAACUUCCGUACCUGCUAAGCGUACAAAGAGACCAAAAACAACUGAUCCUGUAACACAUCUACCAAGAAUUGAUGAUUUCCAAUACACUCAUAAAGACUUAAAUGAAGCCAAUAGAGCUACUAGGAAGAAAGAGGAAAUAUUUGAAGAGAUGGAAUUGCAUAUGUCUUCUGGCGUGUAUGAGUUUUUUUCAGAAACAAAGGAAGAUUUCAAACUGAAGAUAUUUGAUGGUAGAUACGAUUUACCUCUUGUUCUAUGGAAAAGGAAUGUCAAAGCAAUGUAUGACAAAGAAAGAGACUUGUUUAUCCCAUGCCAUCCACGUAAAUUAUUGGAAAAGACAUUUGUCAUGUACUAUUUGGCACCUGAUUUUUUGAUGAAAUUGAAGAAGGGAGAAUUGAAGUCAGAUGUUGCAGCAGCUCUUAAUCAUGCUUUAGCAAUUACACCUAACGAAUACCAUAUAAUUAUAAUGGUUGAAGGUUAUGAUCAACAAGUUAAUAAGAUCAAAGCUUAUGAACAAAGAAAAUUCAAGAAGCAGGUUCUUCAUGGAUUAAAUACUCAAGAACAAGCAAGAACAAGGACUGCGGAUUUGGAAAUGGCAGAGUACCCAUCAUCUGCUGACAUUGAGAUUUUGAUCAACAAAGCACAAAUUGAGCUAGGAACAAAUAUAUUCACAGUUAGAGGUAGGUCUGAAUCAGUCAUGUGGCUUAAUACGUUCACAAAUAUGAUUGGCCACUCACUUUACGAUAAGUUUGAGAGAAAUACGUCGGUAGCUAAUCUAGGAACAGUUCGAUCGGGCGCAGAUGCAAAAGCGACAUUCAUGCAAUCUAUGCAACAGUUCAAAUUGAUGACACAAUCAAAGGCCGAUAUACUAUAUACACUGCAUCAAUCCAUCUACCUGAUUUAUUGUGCAUUUCGUGAUAAGGGAACUUUGGGUCGUGAUCGAUUGGGCAGGAAUAUCGUCCCUCCUACAGUCGACAAGAGUAUGAUGAGAUUAUUUACAGCAAAUGAUCCUAAUAGCGUUAUAAGUUAA